AUGUCGUAUUUUUUUAAGAACUUGCAACCUGGCAAUGAGGUCGACGAAGGUUCCGAGGAUGACGAGUUGUUGAGAACUCUGUCGAAACGAAAUAUACAAGAUGAGGACAACGAUAGCGAAACUGACGACGAUGGCCUAUCGAACCUUUCUUUUGACGCAUUACGAAAAGCUGAAGCCCAGUUGGAGAAUGAACUGCGUGGCGAAAAAAAAAGAGGACUUUCAAGUUCUAAGAGAACCUCGAUUCAGGCCGUACCUCAGGCGGCAGAAACAAAGGACAAGUAUUACGAUGAAGAAUCAUUUGAUGAGAACUCAGCCUCCUCGUCAGAUGGCGAGGGUCUGUUUGAAGAGGAGAGUGUCCGUCGAACGGACAGCUUGAACCACACCAAAACGAAGAAGAAAAGCCAUGCCCCUGCAGAGCAAUCAGCGAAAAAGCGAGCUUCGAGAAUAAGGCAGAUACCAGGGUUAGAGAUUCCCAAAAGCAAGAAUGAAAAUCUAUAUCAGGACAUUCGCUUCGAUAAGUCGAUGGCAAAAUCGGAUGAUUAUGGGAAUAUUCGGAAACAUUACAGUUUUCUGGAUGAGUACAGGCAGAAUGAGAUAAAUGAGCUUACGUCGCUGUUGAAAGAUCGUAAGUUUCUGAAAAAAAUAACAGACCAUGAAAAAAAUGAAAUGGAAGAGAGGCUAACAAGCAUGAAGUCUAAACUUCAAACCUUGCAAAACCGUGAUUUGGACCGCAAAAUUAUAAAGGACUAUGAAACUGAUUUGAAUAAGGGAAACAAGACGAAGUUCCAUUUGAAAAAGUCAGAGCAACGCAAGGUGAUACAGAAAUACAAGUUUGAUCACAUGAAAGCCAAACAAAGAGAAAAGGUCAUGGAUAGGAAACGGAAGAAGAGAUUGGGGAAAGAAUUCAAGCAAUUCUCAUUUCAUGAUAGGUAG